CCGGAGGCAGCGGGUUGUGGUUCCGGUUCCGCCGCGGAGACACGUGAAGGUCGGUGAGUUGGUCCGGAGUUCGUCUCGGCACGCGUGGCCGCGCUGGGAUGGAUUCCUCCUCCUCUUCCUCCGCGACGGGUUUGGGCUCGGUCGACCCGCAGUUGCAGCAUUUCAUAGAAGUGGAGACUCAGAAGCAGCGCUUCCAGCAGCUGGUGCACCAGAUGACGGAACUUUGUUGGGAAAAGUGCAUGGACAAGCCUGGGCCAAAGUUGGACAGUCGGGCUGAGGCCUGUUUUGUGAACUGCGUUGAGCGCUUCAUUGAUACAAGCCAGUUCAUCUUGAAUCGACUGGAACAGACCCAGAAAUCCAAGCCAGUCUUCUCAGAAAGCCUUUCUGACUGAUCUCAGCAUUACCUUUUUGGAAAAGGAAGGUAGUUCAAGAAAUGAAGAGCCGUUGAUGUGAUGGUUGAAGAAAAGUCUUUGGGGAAAUUGGCUCCCACCUUUGUCACUCUUGGGACAUCCUGUCAUCUGAGAAUGAACAAAGACCAAUUUUUGUGUGUGUGGGAUUUGAGGGUCAAAUAUGUUUUGGGUUGUGUUUUUUAAUGCUAAUCAUGUGAAAACAAUUGACAGAUGAAUGGAAAACUCUACUAAAUGCAUAUAUCACUGUAUGUGGGAUGAUGCUUUUCUCAAAGUCCCACUAAUUGCUUCCUAUAAUUUUAAUAGUGGAACUGCUCUAUAGUUUGAUAGCGGGACCACAUAGGUAAAAAUCUAUGAUUUGCGUGGGUUCCUUUCAGAUUUCUGGGGAGAUUGAUAUACAUCUUUAGGUCUCAGAAAGGGCGGUAGUGGGGGAAGAGUAAUUUGGUACAUAACUGUAGGCCUCCUUAUCUAGUGUUUGACUAUCAGUGCUGGAAAAAGAUGUAUGGAAUAUUCAUACAGUACAUUUCAGCUUUCUAGAUUAUCUCCCUCCCUUAUACUGUGAUUUACUUGAAUAUCUAUAUCAAGUAUGGUCUUGAGGUAGUACAGGUAGCCUGAGAGUCUAGAGGCCUUUAGUUAAAGGAAUCUAGCCAGUGAACGUAAUUCUCAUACUAAACUGCCACAAGGAAGAAGUUAACUUACCCUGUAUAUCAGGGUCCAUCCAAAAUAAUUCAAAGAUGUGCCUAAAUGAAUAAAUAAGUUAUAAAGAUUUAGGCCUGUCAAAAACUAACAGCAAUUUCAGGUAGAGGUGCAUGCCUAAUGUACAUCAGUAUAGAUUCCAUUUACUGCAUUCUUUUAAUCACUGAAAUAAAUGCUUCUACAAGAUUGAAA